AUGUCCCCUGUGAGGAGAAGUGUGACAAUGAGGUUCUGGUCCUACAGAAAGAUACUGUGGAUUACACUGCUCUUACUUCUACCAGAUUUGGAGUCAGCUGUGUCUGAUAACCCUGACUGCAGUGACAGGAGAGAGGACCAGACUUGCUUGGAGCAGCUUGUGGCCAUGCCGCCUCCAGAGUCUAACUGUGAUGGAACUCAGGGAUGCAAGCUGCAUUUCCUCCAUCCAGAGGAACAACCUCCUCCUGAGGAGCUGAAGGAGCUUCACCAGGAACCAAACCAAGAGUUCAAGCAGACUCUAAAACAAUCUGGGGGUGAAGGGAACACCAAGCCCCAGAAUCCGAAGUCCAAGAGCGUGGGGGAGAGAUUGAAUUUAUUGGAGUCAAACCUCCAAUCUGUGACCUCCGUUCUCCAUACCUUACAGGAUGAGAGCAAGGUGAACCUGAGCAGGAUAGAAGACCGACUCAACUCUCUGGUGGUCCUUCUCUUAGGGAUCUUGUCUGGCUGUGAGCUGCCCUGCAAUGAGUCUGUUCAGAAACUCUCUGCAUUAGAAAGUCGACGACUCAAGACCCUUGAAACAAAGGAAGAACUACCGCUGACUGUGAAGAAUGUGGCAAACAUGGGAUCUCCAGUUGACUCUUCAGAAAGAACAGAAAGGCUGUUUCCACGAGAUUGCGCAGACAUCUACAAGCAGGGGAUCCGAGACAACGGCAUCUACACCAUACAGCCCAUCCCGCUGAGACAUCCGUUUGAGGCGUACUGUGAUAUGGUCACUGACGGAGGCGGCUGGACCGUGUUCCAGAGGAGGCAGGACGGCACUGUAGACUUCAACCGCACGUGGCAAGAAUAUAAGCAGGGAUUUGGCAGCUUUCAAGGGGAGCACUGGUUGGGUAAUGAACACCUGCACAGCCUCACCAGGCUGGGACAACACACCUUACGCAUCGAGCUAGAGGACUGGUACAGCGUCAAGCGGCAUGCCAACUACAGGAAGUUCAAGGUCGCCAGCGAGCAAAACAAGUACAGGCUGACUGCCAGGGAGUACCAUGGCAACGCCGGGAAUGCCCUCAGCUACAGUCGGAACUACAAUCACGAUCACAAAUACUUCACAACUCAUGACAGUGACAAUGACAAUUAUCCGUCCGGGAACUGUGGCUCAUACUACGGUUCCGGCUGGUGGUUCGAUACCUGUCUGGCGGCCAAUUUAAAUGGAAAGUACUACAGAGGACGAUAUAGCGGGGUGACUAGCGGCAUUUACUGGGGCACUUGGUACAUUCUAACGGACAAGAGGACAAAUCAGAAAUACUCAUUCAAGAAAGUUGAGAUGAAAACAAGGAUAAUGAACUCUCAGUGA